AUGUUGACACAUCUAGGUGUCCUCGUCGAAUGCGAUCCGUCCGUCAAGGCGAUUAUUCUCAAGUACGACGAAGAAAAACACGACUAUAUCGUGGAAGACUUGGACGAUGACCGGCACCUGGUGAUCAAGGAGAGCCAGCUCCAGAAUCUAAAGGAAAGACUCGGCCAGGAACUCGAUCAGAAAGUUAUGCAACCGGAAGAGUCGGAGUCGGAGUGA